ACGCAUUCUUUCACCCCCGAGAAAAAAAGAAUAGAAUCCACUUACAUCGUUAUAUUAUUGGCAUGUAGGCUCUUCUUCUGCUCCGGGUAAAAUCAAUUACUACAAACUGCCUACUAAUAUUCGUAGGUCCACUCGUAUAUUCGUCCGCGGACUUCCACCAAAGUUUACGGAUGAUGACUUCAAAUCAUAUUUUUCCAAACAAGGAGCCAUAACAGAUUGCCGGCUUAUCCCAAGUCGGAGGAUUGGAUAUGUUGGCUAUAAGACGCCGGAAGAGGCUUCAGCGGCCGUCAAGUAUUUCAACAAGUCAUUUAUUCGGAUGUCACGGAUAGGUGUUGAGAUUGCACGAACAGUAUGUGAUACCCAUCAAUGUCAUUUAUCCUUCUAACGUAUAAGCAGAUAGAAGAUGAUCAUCUUCCGCGAGCAUGGAGUGCGCAUACCCCUGGGUCAACUGCGUACAAGAGGAAACAUGAGCCUUUCGCUUCCCAUAAUACAACGGCGAUGCCUCUUCGGCGAACAGGGAAACGCAAACGGUCCGAUAUCGGGGACAGCUCAAAGAGCGGAGUCUUGGAAAAUGAUCCAAAGUUUAGAGAGUUUUUAGAAGUCAUGCAACCGAAGUCCAAGUCUAAGACAUGGGGCAAUGAAGACUUGAUGUCCUUUUCUCAAGACUUUCGGGUCCAGGUCUCACAGCCAGACUCUGGCGACGCGGAGGGUAGUGAUGACGAAUACGAAGAUAUCCCAGCACAGAAGAAAAAGCCAAAUUCUUCAGACCCCGAGACCGUGGAUGUUCAUCAUAUCGAACACGAGAGUCCCCCAACAAAUAGCAUGCAACCAGGCGAUGAAGAGCUGUAUAAUAUUGAUGAAGGAGGAGCCACUGGUGUUUCGGACGCCGAAUGGUUACGAUCUAGGACAAGUCGUUUGCUCGACUUGACGGAUGAUGUUGAAUCACAUUUAGCCCGUCUACCGGAGACUGAUGAUACAGAGCAAGAUACUCAAGAGGCUAACGAAGUCGAUGGAGAGCCAGGAGAAGUGGGAGGAGACACUCAAGCAGAGGAGACAAAAGAGGAGCAACCGGGACAAUUCACUUAUGUCAAAGGGGAAAUGGAGCAAGCAAUUAAAGUAAUAUCACAGAGCGGCAGAUUAUUUCUUAGGAAUCUAUCCUACUCAAGCACAGAAGAGGAUCUCCGACAAUAUUUUGCUCUUUAUGGCGACCUUGAGGAGGUUAGCGACAUCCCCCUUACUUCUUAAAAGCCUUCUUUCCUCUGCCUGCUCUUAACCCCUUUCGAUUGAAAUGAUGAAAUCCUUUGAUAGGGACAUCUUAUGCUGCGGCAAAUGAUUAUUCCCUUUGGAACAACAGAUAGUAAAAUUUCUGAUCAGCUUUUCUUUUCUUUUCUUUUCCCUACUUUACUUUACUUUUCUUUACCUUGCGCUCGCCUGAUGCCAGAAUUAUAACUCACAUUCGUGCCACAACAUCAGGUCCACCUACCAAUGGACAACAAAACACAUUCAAGCAAGGGAUUUGCAUAUAUACUCUAUCAAAAUCCCCGACAUGCAGUGCAAGCAUAUCAAUCCUUAGAUAGGAAGAUAUUUCAAGGUCGAUUGUUGCACAUCUUGGCUGCUUCCCCUAAACGCGAGCACAAGCUGGACGAGUAUGCCAUCUCCAAGUUGCCCUUGAAAAAGCAACGAGAAAUAAAGAGAAAAGCUACUGCUGCGUCAAGCACUUUUAACUGGAACUCAAUGUACAUGAAUGUAAUAAAUUCUUUCAAUCUCCGUAUAUGGUUUUUUUUUCGGUUUUUUUUUUCCCCGUGCUAAAUAUGCGGUAGGCCGAUGCCGUAAUAUCCUCCGUGGCAGAUCGUCUCGGAGUUCCCAAAGCAGAAUUACUAGACCCCACAUCCUCCGACGCCGCUGUCCGUCAGGCGCACGCAGAAACACAUGUAAUCCAGGAGACUAAAGCCUACUUCUCCCAGCACGGGAUGGACCUCAAGGCAUUCGAGAAGCGAGAAAAGGAUGACAAGACAAUCCUCUUCAAGAACUUCCCCUAUGGAACCAGAGCAGAGGAUAUUCGCGACUUGGUAGAACCCUUCGGCAAAGCCGCACGAGUGCUCAUGCCCCCAGCGGGCACCAUCGCCGUGGUAGAGUUCACCGACGCACCCGCGGCAAGAGCAGCAUUCGCAAGUCUGGCCUACAGCCGCUUCAAAGAGACUGUGCUCUUCCUGGAGAAAGCUCCAAAGGGCCUGUUCAUCGAAGGCUUCACCCCCAAGAUCAUCGACGCACCAAAGAUGCCGGCGACGGUAGCAUUGGGUAAAGAUCCGAAGGUCUCUGCCACGGACUUGCUCCUCCCGGCCCACACUGCUGCCACGGACGAGGUGGAGGCAGAAACGUCAACGCUCUUCGUCCGGAAUCUGAACUUCACAACUACAACCACCACAUUAACCGAGUUAUUCAAGCCAAUAAACGGCUUUCUCUCAGCACGCGUAAAGACAAAGCCCGAUCCCAAGAACCCCGGCGGAACAUUAUCCAUGGGCUUCGGCUUCGUCGAGUUCCGUAGCAUGACGGAUGCCAUGGCGGCUAUGGCAGCAUUAAACGAACACGUCCUGGAAGGCCACAAACUCUCCGUCAAGCGCUCUCAAAAGCACACUUCCUCCCCCUCCCAAGCAAAGCCUACUGCAAAGCGCACCAAAAUCAUAAUCAAAAACCUCCCCUUCGAGGCCAGCAAGAAGGACCUCCGCGCGCUCUUCUCAGCAUACGGCACCCUCCGCUCUGUGCGUGUACCGAAGAAGUUUAGCGGUGCCACUAGGGGCUUUGGGUUCGCGGAUUUCGUCACGGCCAGGGAGGCGCAGGGGGCUAUGGACGCGUUGAGAGAUACGCAUCUGUUGGGUAGAAGGCUGGUGCUCGAGUUUGCGGAGGAGGAAGCGGAGGGGGCCGAGGAGGAGAUUCAGAGAAUGCAGAAGAAGGUUGCUGGGCAGAGCGGGGUUGUUGAGGUUGCCAGGCUGAGGGAGGGAAGGAGAAGGAAGGGCGGAGAGUUAAAGGAUGGGGGGGAGGUGUAA